CGGUCGACCAGUAUAGCGCUAGCAUCCGCGCUGGCAGCAUCUCCCUCCCUCGCUAUAAGGCUGAUGACAUUGGUUAGACAGUUCGCCGGGUUUCUGUUUCGUGCGAAAGUGUCUAAAGUGAAGAGGCUAACAAAAAAAUAAAAUAAAUUAGCAUGAAAGUUCAAUCAAUCAUGUGGCGACGGCGGUCGACUAUUGCGAUCGCACCAAGUGCACCAACCAUCAUCAUCACUAUCGGCCUACUGUGUAGCGGUGUCGGAGCGUUUGAUGUGCUUUUCGGUUAUAACCAAAGUGAAUACUGGCAGAUGCCCCAGCUGCAGGUGUACGACAGUAUGGAGAACUGUCUGCACAAUCGGCCGACGGGUGUGUUUUGCGUGACGAAAGUGGCCAUCAAACCGGACAGCCGGUCGACGGUAUGGAGACUUAUCAAGAAAUACUCCAAAUAUACCUUCCAGUAUAAUCACGAUGUGCUGACACGUGGCGUGUGUGUCGAAAAGUGUGCCCGUGAAGUGGAACAGCUCGCUGCAUCCGGCGUACCGGUGGAUCGGUAUUUUGAACCAAAGUUUAAUAUCACCAAAAGGUUCAUUAUGCCCGAUUGGUUGCUACCGAAUGUGACGCAUUACCGGAAAUCGUACGGUCGGCUGGUGAAUCUGUGUCAAAACUAUGCCCUCCGAACCCAGUACAACCUGAGCGGUUACGCCGAGAUCGAAGAGUGUACCACCAACGACACGCUCGUGAGACCGAUAGACGCAUAUGAUAUCGCUUAUACGACACUGCUUGUGGUGCUGGUUCUACUGACGAUAGGAUCACAAUGCUACGAUUCCCGCUUGGCUCGAUCGGCCACAGACGAAGAUCAUUACGAGCGUCCUCUUAAAAGCCGCGUUGCUACGGCGUUAACGGCAUUCUCGUUGCGUCGGAAUUGGGCCGCGUUGACACGCAAAUCGUGCAGAGCACAGUACCAGCAGGAUCUAUACUUUAUCGACCAGCUACGCGUGCUGACGAUGAGCUUCAUACUACUGCUGCACGUAUUUAUCGGAAUGUGCAUGUUUACCUCUCAGAAUCCACUGGCAAUGGAGCAGUUUUCAGCUCAUCCGAUCUCGCAGAUGCUCUUCUCGGUCGCCCCGAUACAGGUGGAUAUGUUCUUCUGUAUCAGUGGACUGUUGCUAGCCGUCCAGUUCCUGCAGCACACGGAAAAUAAACGUUUUCGGCUCAGCAUCCUCUGGCAGGGUCUCGUGAAUCGAUACCUUAGGUCGCUGCCCGUGUACGCGGUGCUUAUGCUGUUCACGGUGUCCCACUAUGACACCUUCCUGACGACGCCGUCCGGCUACAAGAUUCAGCCGAAGAUGCGCCUCAUCUGUCGACGGAAAUGGUGGAUCAACUUUCUGUUCAUCAACAACUACUAUCAACCGGAAGAGCAGUGUCUGAUCCACACCUGGUACCUGGCGGCCGAUUUUCAGCUCUUUGUCGUGGGUCUCUGCAUAAUGACCGCCCUUUGGAGGUUCCCCAAGGCCACCUUUUGGACGGCGACGGGAUUAGGGGUGGUUGGAUUUGUUCUACCGAUGGCCAAUACCUAUCUGCAUGCCCUCGAUGCCAUGAUGCCACUAACCAUGAAAGGCAACGAGUAUCAGCUUUGGUAUGAUGAGUACUUUGUCAAGUCUUAUCAAGCGACGGAAAUGCACUGCGCCAGCUACUUUGCCGGUAUGAUCGCUGGCCUGCUGUACCAUCGAAUCGCUCGCAAAGAGUUGACGCUACCGCUCAGCAUGCUACGCAUUCUGUUUAGUCUGGGCUCGAUCGCAAUCGUUGGGUUUGCACUGCAGGCGCCCCUUUACAAUAUGAUCCACUUCACGAAACCCUCCGCCUGGAUGGCACUACUGUCCGGGGUGCACAAGGUAUCGAUCGGUGCCUUCUAUUCGACGACCUUCCUGCUGCUCACCUUCCAUCACCGCAACACGCCCCUAGCCCGCUGGUUUACGGGAAACACAUUUACCAGAGUGCUUGCACGGCUAGGGUUCGGAUUCUAUCUAAUGCAGAUGACCGUGCUAAAGGUCGUGUUCGCCAACUAUCCCGAGGACACGCGCAUCAACGUGCAGCUGAUCAUAUCGACCUACUGCUCAACGUUCGUGCUGUCGUACGCCAUCGCGCUCGUAGCGUUCCUGCUGGUAGAGAAACCGUUCGAUGUUUUGCUCAAGCUGCUGCUAGGUAAUGGUGGAAAACACAAACCAUCAUUGGUAGGUUCGGCAUCUUGUAAAGCCCCGAAUGGAGAAGUUGUGAUAUCAACGAUCAUGAAUGGCGCAGAUGUGAAACCAGCAGCAUCAGAGGAACGCUGUUAAUGGCGUAUCUGAAGCGAUGAGUUCUAACUUCUAGCAUCUAGGAUUUGGAUAAAUGUUUAAAGUAGGCACCCUCCAUGCUUAGCAUGUGCAAUAGUAGAAAAAAUCAAAUGUGUCAAUUUUCCCUCAAAAACAUUGCGUAUAUUUAGGAGUAUUGCUUGGAAUUAGUGGGGAAACGGGUGUCGACAGCUCAUUUGCUUUUGUCCUUUUUAAGAUGUAAUGAUGCCAUAUGUUCGCAAUUCGGUUUUUUACUUUUUGGCGAGCCUGCGAAUCAAAUCGAGAUUAAUAAAACAUAAUUUAGUCAUAAUACAGGA